AUGGAGAUAUUCGAUGGAGUUCGACAGUUCUUUAGGUACGCUCUUCCUUCCGCGGCUAUGAUUUGCCUAGAGUGGUGGUCUUAUGAAUUUAUAGUAUUACUCUCUGGUCUCUUACCCAACCCCGAACUCGAGACUUCUGUGCUCUCUGUCUGUCUCCAAACAGUCUCAACAUUCUAUUCAAUACCACUUGCGAUCAGUGCUGCAGCAAGCACAAGAAUCUCAAAUGAAUUAGGCGCUGGAAACUCUGGAGCAGCACAUAUCAUGGUCUACGCGGUAAUGUCUCUUGCAGUAAUGGAUGGAUUGAUAGUGAGUACGUCUCUAUUAGUCGGCAGGAAUGUUUUCGGCCUCAUUUUCAGCAGUGACAAGGAAACCGUCGACUAUGUUGCAAAGAUGGCUCCAUUGGUCUCUAUUUCUCUCUUACUGGACAGUUUACAAGGAGUUUUGUCAGGUAUUGCAAGAGGAUGUGGAUGGCAACAUAUAGGGGCUUACAUCAAUUUAGGAGCUUUCUAUCUCUGGGGGAUACCAAUUGCAGCANCUUUAGCCUUCUGGGUUCAUCUGGGAGGUGUUGGCCUUUGGACNNNUAUAAUAGCAGGUGCCGUUCUGCAAACUCUUCUGCUCGGUGUUGUCACGGUCUGCACAAACUGGGAACAGCAGGCCCGUGAUGCGAGGAAGCGAAUGGCUGUGGCCUAUGGUUAA